AUGGCAAAAGAUACAACAUCGGGCUCCGGUGUUUUAGACAACAUUUUGUUGUCAACCAAGUGUGACCUCACACAAAUAACCUCAGAAACAGAGGAUUUAAUGAUGCAUGAAAAUUCCCUGCUCCACGACGAGCCUGAAUUGUCAAUGCCAAGGGCAAAAUAGACGGCGAGAGUCACCUCAUUGGCGUCAGGAGUAGUGAUGCUACUGCCAAUUUCGGGCCAAGAAAUGUCAGUUCACCCAAAUUAAAUUCGGAUAACCAGAAAAUCGAUCUGUUAAUGAAUGACAUAACACCUGUAGUAACGACCUUAAAUAAGGCCUAUGAAGAUUCGCUCCUUCAUGAGUCUGAUGAGGACAUCAACAACAGUGAAGUUAGUCCUCCUAAGCAAAUAAAACUGACAACAGCUACAACUGAAUCUGAUUCGCCUAUAGGAGUCGUUGACUCACUCGGGUCCGAGGUAAAUACUGAGGAAAAGACAGGCCCAGCAAUUUCAGAGAAAAUCGCAAAAGCUUUGGAUAGUAUACAAUCAGUAUGGCUUAUUGACUAUUACAAGCAACCUUGA